AUGCCAGCCUCAAAGAAAAACACCGGCCUCUUCGUGACUCAGCCCACGAACAAGAGCACGGCAGCCAUCCCCUCCAGCGGCACGCUCCUGGCUACCCACGACUACUACCGGCGCCACCUAGGUUCCACUUCCACUAACAGCUCUUGUGGAAGUGCCGAGUACACUGGAGAAGCCAUCACCCACCACCCCAGUCUCCCCAAGGCUGAUCCAGGUCACUGGUAGACGAUGCUUUUCAGCAAGUCCACUCUGCCAUUCAUAGCCACAGUGUUGGAGUCCCCAGAGCGCUCGCCCUCACCCCAGGCCUCCAGCAGCAUGAGCACCUGUGACCAAGCUCAGGAAGCUACAAGGAAGCAGCCUGGUGGCCAGCCUAGCAAGGCCAAUGCCAUGCCCUCAUCCUGCGUGGCCACCACCAGCCACCGGACUUCCAGAGGCUCUAGGCUCUUUUGA